AUGUCCCAGAUUACUCUCUUCGCUGAUUCUAGGGUGCCUUGCCCACAGCGCCUGCUCCUUACUGUCCACGAACUUGGACUCCAGAUUAAGGAUAUCAGGGAGGUUGAUAUUUCCAAGUUUGAACAUAAGCGUCCAGAAAUUUUGGAACUCAAUCCUUUCGGCGCUGUGCCAUUUAUUCGGGACGAAACAUAUGAUCCUCCAUUGAUGCUGACUGAAUCACGCGCUAUUGCAAGAUAUCUGGCGCAAGCGUACGGUAGCAGUGAUGCGUCUGCUUCGCUGCUCCCUGAUCCAACAAAUGUUGUUGCAGUGGCCAAGUUCGAAGAGGUAGUGUCAAUUGAGCUUACAUCCUUCGAUUCCUGCGCAAAUCAGCUAGUAUUUGAAGAGCUGUUUAAGCCGUCGUGGUUUAACGGUGAGACUGAUGUUGAAAAAUGCAAGCUUCUUCGAGAGAGCCUUGUGCGAGUCGUUGACUUGUUGGACAAGAGACUUACGGAUCAACAAUUCAUGGCAGGAGACAAAUUGACGGUGGUCGAUCUGUUCUUUGUCCCUUACAUGCACCAUCUGGUUAGAACCGUCUAUCCAACCUUACUAGACUCUCGGCCCCAUCUGAGUGCAUGGUGGGAAAGAAUAACCAGUCGCGAAUCAUACAAACAUUUAUUCGGCGACUCAAAGGAGAACUGA